AUGCCUGUAAAGGCUACAGCAAAGCAAUCUGUUGAGCCAAAUAAUCAAAGAAACAGAUUGUCAAAUGAUGGAGAAAGGAAAAACAUGCAUUUUGAAGACACAACAUCAGCUGCUGAAGCAGGUGCUGAGUGCACAAAAAAAGCAAUUGCUGCUGCCAAAGCUGCUGCCUAUCUAGCGGGUAAAGGCUCUUAUCAGGUCACUCAAGCAUCUGGUAAUUGUAAUUGCGUGACCAGUUAUGAAUUUGAAAACAGUUGUGGCAAUUCUACCGGCAAGUUUAUGCCAUAUGGGUUCCAAGAAAACCACCAGAUUCUGGACGAUCAAUCUAAGGUCCCAAGGAGGAUUAAGAGACAGAUCCUUGGAUGCCAUAUGCUCUAUAAUGGACACACCACUAGUGGUCUACUAGUUUCUGCAACCAAUAUCUAG